AUGUCGUCUGCAAAAACAGCUGUUUAUGAUGAGAAGUAUUUCAGAACGAGGCUCUGGCGCCAUUUUCGUAUAACAUGCAUGUUACGAGCUACUAUUGCUAAUCUUCGAUCUUAUUUCCACUUGGAAAUUGAUACCAUCUGUCAUACGCAUGAAGCUCAGUUUCAGGACGAGUCACGUGACGCGGCGAUGACGGUGUCUUGUUUCGGUGAAGACAACAACAGACAUCUUCAAUUGAGAGGGAUUUUAUCUUUACACGACAAGGAGUAUACGCUGGAACCCAAAUCACGUGACCGUAGAGGGACACCACGUGAUGAAGAAGAAUACAUUGUUGAAAAUCAGCCGGUUGUUCCUAUCAGAGAUGAUUACGUAGAAGCACCUCCAUUUGAAGAAAUUAUUUCAAAUACUGUUACAAAGUCCGACUAUGAAGACAUACUUCUGUUAAAUCCUUCCACACAUGCACGACAGAAACGAGAGACAACAGAGUACUAUAUCGAUGUCCUAACUGUUAUUGACUACUCAGUUUACCAAAGACACUAUAAUCGCACAGAUUCAUCCUUAACUACGGCCACAAGAAGAGUCCAUGCACUUCAAGACAUUCGGGAAUAUUUUGCCUACUUCAUGAACGGGGUAAAUCUUCGAUACAAGAGUAUAACUGGCUUGGAUGAACGUCUGGUCAUUAGACUGACGGGUUACGUUGUAGCAGAGGCUCGUGAUCAAGCUCCUUGGACAGAAAACAAUGUUCUGAUGGCGACAUCAGGUGGUGAGGUGUAUUCUGAAAGAGCACUGCAGGACUUGGAAGCCUGGGUUGCUAACACGUCACUGCCUGACAAUGAUCACGUGAUGCUGUUUACAAGGUAUGAUUUGUACAGUAUUAUUGAUGGGACUAAAGAAAGAGCCGUAAUUGGAAUGGCAUACUUGUCUACAAUGUGCAAACCGUUAGGACUAAGCACUUCGGUAAUCGAGGAUAGCGAAGGAUUUCAGGGGAUACUGACUGCGGCUCAUGAACUUGGACACAGUUUUGGAUCUAAACACGAUGGUGAUACCAACACAUGCACAGGAGAAGACCAAUACAUUAUGGCUGCUACUGACGGGUCUAGAACAGAUCAUAACAUGACCAACCCCUGGCUGUUCUCGUCCUGCUCAGUUUUGUAUUUCAAGAAUCUGUUAACAUCACUAAUGCAAACAAGCUAUGGAGUAAAGUGCUUGACACAAAAGGUAACAACAGCUGAUGUUCCAUUGGUCCUCGGCAUGCCAGGACAGGUUUACAGCCCUGAUGAUCAGUGUAAAAGGAUACUCGGUCCAGAAUCAAAACUCUGUCAGAGCCAUACGUUACAAAAUGGUGUCAAUGGAAUAUGUUAUUCCAUGUACUGCAAGAUUCCAGAGAAACCCACUUUUUGUUCUAGUUAUCACGCGGCUAGAGGGACAACGUGCGGUGAUAACAAAUGGUGUAUAAAUGGCCUGUGUGUGUAUUCUCCAGAUGCACCCAGUAUUGAUGGCGUACAAACGGCAUGA